CUCGGGCUCGCUGGUAUUUAUACCCGGGGCAGCGGGGCUCGGUCCCAGAGGAAAGGAGCUCUCUCUCGCCUCCGUGCUUCUCCCCCAGGUGCCCCCAGCUCCACCCGCCAUGUGCGACGAGGAAACCACGGCCCUGGUGUGCGACAACGGCUCCGGCCUCUGCAAGGCCGGGUUUGCUGGCGACGAUGCCCCCCGCGCCGUCUUCCCCUCCAUCGUGGGGCGGCCGCGGCACCAGGGCGUCAUGGUGGGCAUGGGGCAGAAGGACAGCUACGUGGGCGACGAGGCGCAGAGCAAGAGGGGCAUCCUGACCCUCAAGUACCCCAUCGAGCACGGCAUCAUCACCAACUGGGACGACAUGGAGAAGAUCUGGCACCACUCCUUCUACAACGAGCUGCGCGUGGCCCCCGAGGAGCACCCCACGCUGCUCACCGAGGCGCCCCUCAACCCCAAGGCCAACCGCGAGAAGAUGACCCAGAUCAUGUUUGAAACCUUCAACGUCCCCGCCAUGUACGUGGCCAUCCAAGCCGUGCUCUCCCUCUACGCCUCGGGCCGCACCACGGGCAUCGUGCUGGACUCCGGCGACGGCGUCACCCACAACGUGCCCAUCUACGAGGGCUACGCGCUGCCCCACGCCAUCAUGCGCCUGGACCUGGCGGGCCGCGACCUCACCGACUACCUCAUGAAGAUCCUCACCGAGCGCGGCUACUCCUUCGUCACCACUGCCGAGCGGGAGAUCGUGCGCGACAUCAAGGAGAAGCUGUGCUACGUGGCGCUGGACUUCGAGAACGAGAUGGCCACGGCCGCCUCCUCCUCCUCGCUGGAGAAGAGCUACGAGCUGCCCGACGGGCAGGUCAUCACCAUCGGCAACGAGCGGUUCCGGUGUCCCGAGACCCUGUUCCAGCCCUCCUUCAUCGGCAUGGAGUCCGCCGGCAUCCACGAGACCACCUACAACUCCAUCAUGAAGUGCGACAUCGACAUCCGCAAGGACCUGUACGCCAACAACGUCCUGUCGGGGGGCACCACCAUGUACCCCGGCAUCGCCGACCGCAUGCAGAAGGAGAUCACCGCGCUGGCGCCCAGCACCAUGAAGAUCAAAAUCAUCGCCCCGCCGGAGCGCAAGUACUCGGUGUGGAUCGGCGGCUCCAUCCUGGCCUCGCUCUCCACCUUCCAGCAGAUGUGGAUCAGCAAACCCGAGUACGACGAGGCCGGACCCUCCAUCGUCCACCGAAAAUGCUUCUAAGCCCCCUCCCCACCCUGCGGGACCCCCGUGCCCAGGCUGGGGUGCCCCGCUCCUCCCCGGACCCCGCUGCUCCUCCCCACCGCCCACCGCGCAUUAAAAAGCCUUUUCUCCA